CAGGGCGCAUGCGCGCACUUGCGGAAGUGCCCGGAUGCAGCGGGAGGAGGUGCUGCCGCCAUAUUUGCCCGGAGAGCAGGGAGCUGGUAGCUGCUGAGCCCCCCAGACCCAUCGGCUUCCAUCCGCCCCGUGCAGUCCCCGACGCCGCCCCGCCUGCAGGACAUGGACGAUCGGGAGGACCUCGUCUAUCAGGCCAAGUUGGCUGAGCAGGCUGAGCGCUACGAUGAAAUGGUUGAAUCAAUGAAGAAAGUGGCUGGAAUGGAUGUGGAGUUGACAGUGGAAGAAAGAAACCUGCUUUCUGUUGCAUAUAAAAACGUGAUUGGAGCCAGAAGAGCUUCCUGGAGAAUAAUCAGCAGCAUUGAACAGAAAGAAGAAAACAAAGGUGGAGAAGAUAAAUUAAAAAUGAUUCGGGAAUAUCGGCAAAUGGUUGAGACUGAACUGAAGUUAAUCUGUUGUGACAUUCUGGAUGUACUGGACAAACACCUCAUUCCAGCAGCUAACACUGGCGAGUCCAAGGUUUUCUAUUACAAAAUGAAGGGGGACUACCAUAGGUAUCUGGCUGAGUUUGCCACAGGAAAUGACAGGAAGGAGGCUGCAGAGAAUAGCUUGGUGGCUUAUAAAGCUGCUAGUGAUAUUGCAAUGACAGAACUCCCGCCAACACAUCCUAUCCGCUUAGGACUUGCGCUCAACUUCUCUGUAUUCUACUAUGAAAUUCUUAAUUCUCCUGAUCGUGCCUGCAGGUUGGCAAAAGCAGCUUUCGAUGAUGCUAUUGCAGAACUGGAUACACUGAGUGAAGAAAGCUAUAAGGACUCUACACUUAUCAUGCAGUUGUUACGUGAUAAUCUGACACUAUGGACUUCAGACAUGCAGGGUGAUGAUUCCUAAAGGAAAGUCCAACUGUUCAUUUCCUAAAAACUCUACUUUGUGAAGAACAGAAUAAAGAAGCGCUGCAGGAUGUGGAAGAUGAAAACCAGUGAGACACAAAGGCCAACAAGAGAACCCAUCUCUGACCACCCUUCCCCUUCCCCACAAAAACCCUCAGUGUCACUCUGAGAACCACCAAAUCUGACUUUUACAUUGGGUCUCAGAAUUUAGGUUCCUGCCCUGUUGGGUUUCUUUAUUUUUAUUUUUUUUACACAGUUUAAAAGUUCUUAAAGGCAAGAGUGAAUUUCUGUGGAUUUUACUGGUGCCAGCUUUUAGGUUCUUUAAGACACUAACAGGACUGCAUAAAGGCUCUUUCAGCAUUACUGUAUUGUCUCCUGCCAGAUGUGGCGAGAUUGCCAUUAGAAGUGGAUGCUACACCUGAAGGCCGUUCAGACUUGUAGGGGAGAGAUUUGUUAUGGCAAGGUAGUGCGCAUGUGGUGGCAUUUUUCUUUUUUUAUAACUGUUUAAACUGAAUUUUAUACCAAUGUUUAAACUUAAUUGGGUGUUUAGCUUGAAGUUACAGGUUGCAUUGGGACAUAUUGUAGUGGUUUUACUGUAUAAAAACAAAAGUUUCCAAACUGCUGAAAUGUUGCUGAAAAUCAUGGUGCUGGUAACAGUUCAACAAUCCGUGGCUGCUCAUUCUUGCCUAUUCUUUACUUUUCCUCAAAGCAGGUUAGCAUUGAAGGUGGCAUUGAUAAGCCUGCAUGCGUGUUCAAUAUUUUUUCUUUCUCCCUCCCCUUUCCCCAUCUCCCUUCGCUCGCUCAACCUCUUUUGUUCAGUAUGUGUAACUUGAAGCUAAUUUGUACUACUGGAUAUCUGACUGGAGCCACAGAUACAGAAUCUGUAUUGUUCUUACUGAAACACAGCAUGGAAUUAACAUUAAACUUAAAUAAAACAAACCUAAAUUAAAAAUGCCAAA